CUCAAAGACAUUCGAGAGGGAAACAAAGGUGAAGCAGACAUCUCGCCAAAGUAGGACGCGAAAACUGGAAUAUUUGACUUUUCCUCAUCAGGAUAUCUUGGCAAAUCACAUAAGGUUUCCGUCAUGUCUCACAAACAGAUCUACUACUCCGAUAAAUAUGACGAUGACAAAUACGAGUACAGGCAUGUAAUGUUACCCAAGGACCUUGCCAAGCGUGUCCCCAAGACCCAUUUGAUGUCAGAGUCUGAAUGGAGAAACCUGGGGGUCCAGCAGAGCCAAGGAUGGGUGCAUUACAUGAUCCAUCAGCCAGAGCCACACAUCUUGCUGUUCCGACGCCCCCUGCCCAGCCAGAAGUCAUAAGGCAGAGAUUCUCUGGGUCAUUGGAAGAUCAGUCCAACUUACACACCAUCACAGAUCAACUCAUCUAAAGUAGGGAUCAUGCUGUCAGAUUACCAGGCUCUUGUGUGGUAGAUGACUUGUGAUUUGGGCUGAUCAUGUUGGACCUGGAGAAGGACUAUCAUAGUUAUGAACAGUGGUUGUGGAAUGGAGUCUGCGUUGAUGGGGAAGGGGAAAAAAAUCAUCACCCUUCUCAUGGGGGAAAAGACUUUUGCAUGUGUUAACAGCAACACGCUGUCUGUCAGAAACAUUCAAAUCAGCUUACACUGUCCUUUUGACUUAACCUAUCUGUCCAACUUGCUGAACCUGCUUGGAUAUUCCAGCUUUUUAGAACAAUUGUUAUAAGAUAUGGGGAGUGAAACUUGUUCAAACAUUUUGACUAAUUCUAACAGAGUGCAUUCUGGGUCAAGCUCAGGUCAGAACAAAAGCCAGAUAGAAAAGUUGGAUCCUAAAUGAAGUUUGUCUCUGAAACAUCAAACUGCGGUUUUAAGUGACAUGUUGCUGCUCGGUUUAAAUGACACUGUAAAUUGGCAUUUAACAAUAUUUGUCAUGUGCAUGAAAAUCCGCAUGAAUAGAGUUGCCUAGAAACUAGUUUUGAUCCCUUUUUUCCAUAAGAGCAUAUUUUGGCUUCUUUUAAAAGACGAAUAUCUCUUUAAUGGGUCUGAUGUACCAGUGAGCUGCUUAGUAUUUAUGAAUGUGUUGCCCUUUCUGAAAUAAAUGUAAAACUUUUAAAUCGUA